CAUCAAUGACCACCAAUGGCGGGCUGCUGCCUUGAAUUCUCCGUGGGUCUCAUCGAUGACAACAAAAGCCCAGAAGCAGCUGCUCUUUGGGAGCUUGAGGAAGAAACUGGCUAUAAGGGUGAUGCUGCUGAAUGUUCUCCACCUGUACGUAUGGAUCCAGGUCUGUCAAACUGUACCACACACACCGUGACAGUAACUAUCAAUGGAGAUGAUGCUGGACACGUAAGGCCUAAGCCAAAGCCAGGAGAUGGGGAUUUUGCAGAAGUAAUUUCCUUACCAAAGAAUGACCUGCUGAAGAGACGUGAUGCUCUGGUAGCUGGUGAACAUCUGACAGUGGACACCAGAGUCUAUUCCUACCCUCUGGCACUGAAACAUGCAAACACGAAGCCGUUUGAAGGGCCCUUCCUGAAGUUUUAAGGGCAAAAGACAGUG